CUGUAGACGUUUGGAGACAGAUGCCUCUGUGAAACCAGCUAGUAAAGAGUGUGGUCUGCAUAUACAGCCUUGGCCAAAUUUGCUUGACAGAAGUGGGCAUGGGGCUUCUUUCUACCAUCUUGGUUUGGACCCUAGGAGCAAUAGUGAUUAGUCUUCUCUUGCUAAUUAUCUGGACAAUUUAUUACGAUUGCACCCGAACGAGGAUGGCUCCCGAAUUUGACCAUCCAGUGAAGCUACGAGUUGUUCACUGUGCAUUUCUUAUGGCUAUGAUUUUGGGGGAGAUCUUUGAGAUGCUGGGCCUCCGUGGACGCUUUUUUGUCACCCGUUUCUUGAUGGCUCUUUUGAAUCCAAAGAUACAUCCCAGCCUCUCCGUGAAAGACCUGGAUUUUUCUGGGGUACCUGUCAAGGUUUAUCAGCCUAAGGCACCACCUACCAGCAGAAGGAAAGGGUUUGUUUAUUUCCAUGGAGGAGCAGGCGUCGUUGGAACUACUAAGUACUAUCAAGAUAUAUGCAGUAGACUGGCCAAGGGUAGUGAAUCAGUGCUUGUGGCAGUGGGGUAUCGCCUCAGUCCUGAGCACCCCUAUCCUACACAGCAGAAGGACUGCUACACAGCAACGGUGCACUUCAUGCAACAUGCAGAGAACUAUGGGGUGGAUCCCUCCCAGAUCAUCAUUGGCAGGGACAGUGCAGGAGGCAAUUAUGCUGCAGCCAUUGCCCAAAAACUGGUGGGGAGAUCAGACCUCCCCAAGCUACGGGCGCAAGUGUUGAUCUAUGCGGGCCUCCAAGGUAUGGACUUCAACCUACCUUCCUAUCAGCAAAAUGCCACUUUCCCGCUCUUGUACAGGCAUAAUGUUGUUUAUUACGGCCUGCACUACCUGGGAAAGGACAUCUCUCUGAGGGAUGACGUCUUGAAGGGAUCUCAUGUGCCGGAGGCACUGAGGCUGAAAUAUGGGAAGUGGGUGAAUCCUGACAACAUUCCAGAGAGAUUUAAGCGCCGAGGCUACAAGCGAGUCCCUCUUGCUCCUUUUAAGCCUGAAGUGUACAAGGAAUUGUCCGACAUCUUGGAAGUCUCUUUUUCUCCACUUUUUGCCGAAGACUCUGUUAUCCAACAACUCCCGGAGACUUUAAUUGUGAGCUGUGAAUAUGAUGUGUUUCGGGAUGACUCUCUCCUGUACAAGAAACGGCUGGAGGACAAUGGAGUGAAAGUCAGCUGGUUCCAUGCCAAAAAUGGAUUCCAUGGGGUGAUCAACUUCUUUGACUUUCUAUUUUUCACAUUCCCCACUGGGGUACAAAUACUGGACCAUAUUGCAGAGUUUAUCAAGCACUUAUGAGACUUUCCCCCGAAAUAUGUGAGAUGCAAGGGUUGCAACAAAUACGACAUCUAAUGGUGGAAAAUAAGAGUUUAACAUUUCUAGUCUCUUUUAUGGAUAGAGUAGUUGGAAUGCUUUGAACUGCUUUGUUCCAUGGGUCAAACCGACAUUGUGCAAAUACUGUUAUAUAGGCAGCAAAUUCAAAUGUGCUAAGAGUUUGAAACCACAAAAUUGGUGCAAGGUAUAGUAAUGGCUGUUUGGAAGCCAGAGGCCUUGACUCAGUAGGGUUUGUGGCGUGAGAUCUCGUUGGGCAUUUGAGAUAUUUGCUCAAUGUUCCUGACAGAAAAGGGAGCUUGGGUUAAGGUUAGGGUUAGCAAAAGCCACUUCUUCUCUUUUGUGUGUGAACAUUGUUAUAUGUCCUUAGUAUCCCUGCAAAAUUUUAGGACAGUUGAUUCUUAUCGUCAUUCUGAAGAAUCAACCAAGGGUUAGAGUUUGAAGUGUGUUUCCAAAAGGUGUCUCUGGAGGCAAUUUCUCAGUGUGCCUGUAUACUGAAGCCACAUCUGCUCCCCUGUGGCUAAUCUGUUGGAUGGUUGAUUUCUAUGGCUAAUCACGAGUGCAGAAUUGUAUUAUGCGUUAUAUCU